UAAAAAUUAUUUAUAUGAUUAGAGUUACGGAUUUAAGAUACUCAAAAUUUUAGUCAUUUUCACAGAGUUUUUGUGUACUUUCAUUCAAAAUUAAUCACAGUUUGCAAAAAUGAGUGCACAAAACUUGAAAAAGUUGUUCACAGCAACUUUCGAAAUUUCCGGUAAGGUUCAAGGCGUUUACUUUCGUAAGUAUACUGAAAACUUCGCUAAGGGUUUGGGAAUUCGUGGCUGGGUUAUGAAUACUUCACAUGGUACUGUUAAAGGUCAAAUGGAAGGCAAUGAGAAGCAACUUGUAGAAAUGAAAAAAUGGCUAACAGAAACUGGAAGUCCUAAGUCACAGAUUGAAAAUGCUUCCUUUUCGGACCUCGCUCAAAUACGUCAAUUCACUUUUAAAUCAUUUGUGGUUAAGCACUAAUGUGGUAGAGUAGAUCUGAGACUUCAUAUAGGUUAUUGCUAGGCUAGCAGUGAAGAUUAAGAUAAAAUGGAGGCAGGCUUUAGAUUAAUUAUUCCAAGACCAUUGUUUGAGGACUAACACCAAAAAAGAAAUAGGAAACAGUUUCUCUCAUACAUCUACUAAAAAAGAUGAUGCAACCAUAAAAUGUUGUGGACAGAUAGCUGUACUAAUAGAUUGUAUCACUAAGUAUUAAUUGAGAUGUGAACGAAGUCCUAAGAAGUACAAAUCGGCCAAAAGGUACUAUAACUACACAAGAUACAAACUAUGAACUUGAAGGAGCAUUGUAUGAAACAUUAGUAGAAAAAUGCAGUAUCUACCAUAUUGUUAUAAAUGUGAAGAAGAUAAAAACGUAUUAAUCUGUUACUCUUGAUUGUGUUAUUCCAAGGAAAUCUUGGAUUCUAAAACACCUAGUAAAAGAUUGUAAGUCUCGGAUCCUAAACCACCUAUUGAAAGAUUAUAACAAAUAAUUGCAACAAUUUUGUAUUUUUGUGUUUCUACUGAGAUACACUCAUAAGAAAAAAUUAUUAUUUAGGCAUAAAAACUACUAUUGAUUUGCAUGUGUUAUGUUUUAUAAUAAAACCAUCUUCUUACAUUA